AUGCGCUUCCUUCGUGACUUCAUCGAGGCGCCGCCUUUGUUGCUCCCACCGGGUCCUCCAGCACCCGGACCACCGCGGCUACCUCCCUCCGGCGAGGAAACCAGGUACAUGGUGCAGGCUUUCGACAUGUUUCGACUGUUCGGGUCCACGCAGUCGCAGUCCGCGCAGCCCGGCGUGGCAUCCCUCGGCGCCGGCUGCACUGUGGCUGCCGGAGCCGUCCUUGCCAGCCAGGUGAGAAGAGCCCAGGGCAAGGCCUCUGCGUCCAAGUUCACGACAGCCCUCGGUGCCUUCGAGCAGGAGCUUGGCGUGCAGCCUCCAGUGGGUUUCUGGGACCCGCUCGGUCUCGCCAGGGAUGGCGACGUGGAGAACUUCAUGCGCAGGCGCUCGGUGGAGCUGAAACACGGCCGCAUUGCCAUGCUGGCCACGAUGGGCUACAUCACCCCCGAAAUCGCCGGGAAGUUCCCAGGCUUCCUUUCCCCAAGCGCGGGCCUCAAGUUCGCCGACGUGCCCAACGGCCUCGCAGCAAUCUCGAAGGUGCCCGCUGGGGGUUGGACACAGAUCCUGCUGUACAUGGGCUGGUGCGAGGUCUCUCGGGGAGCAGGCUCUGACAUCGCCAGCGGCCGUCCAGGUGACUUCGGCUGGUAUGUGCUCACGAGCGCCGACCCGGAGGCAAAGCAGAAGAAGCUCAACGCGGAGUUGGCGAAUGGCCGCUUGGCGAUGAUGGCCAUCAUUGGUAUGUUCUACCAGGACGGCCUCACUGGCUCCGCUUGGGGUGACUGGGCGAACUUCACCGAGUCUCCGCUGCGGGCAGACUUUUCCUCGGAGCUUGGUGUGACGCCUCCCCUCGGCUUUUGGGAUCCGCUGGGCUUGAGCAAGUUUGACGACCCCGAGAUCGCCACGCAGCAGUUCCGCCGAAGGCGGAUUGUCGAGCUGCAGCACGGCCGAGUCGCCAUGUUGGCCUGCAUUGGGUACAUCGUCCCGGAAUACUUUCGUUUCCCAGGAUUUUGUUCCCCAUCACAGAGCUUGUCAUUCACAGACAUCCCCAACGGACUGAAGGGUGCCGCAGCGGUGCCUCUGGCAGGCUGGCUGCAGAUCGUCGCCUUCGUCGGCACCAUCGAGGUCUACAAUCUCCAGACCAUUCAGGAUGGUGUGCUGGGAGACUAUGGCUACGGUGCAUUCGGUCUCCCCUUCGGCAAGAAGAUCGAGGAUGCGGAAAAGAAGACGAAGAGCCUGAACGCGGAGAUCAACAACGGCAGGCUGGCGAUGAUGGCCAUCAUCGGAAUGUUCUUCCAGGAUGGCCUCACGGGAUCCGCCUGGGGUGACUGGGCCAACUAUGCCGACUCUCCCUUGCGAGCAGCUGCGCCGGAUUUCUCUACAGAGCUUGGUGUGACGCCGCCCCUGGGCUUCUUUGACCCGCUCGGCCUCAGCAAGUUUGAUGACCCCGAGAUCGCGGCCUCGCAGUUCAAGCGAAGGCGGAUCAUCGAGAUCCAGCACGGGCGUGUUGCGAUGCUUGCAUGCAUCGGCUACAUCGUCCCAGAGUACUUCCGCUUCCCAGGCCUCUGCGCGCCCUCCGAGAAGCUGGCCUUCACGGACAUCCCGAAUGGACUGAAGGGUGCUGCGGCAGUCCCGCUUGCAGGUUGGCUCCAAAUCGUUGCCUUCGUGGGAACCAUUGAGGUGUACAACCUCCAGACUAUCCAGACCGACACGCUGGGCGACUACGGUUAUGGAGCAUUUGGCUUGCCUUUCGGCAAGAAGAUUGAGGAUGCUGAGAAGAAGACCAAGUCCCUGAACGCGGAGCUCAACAAUGGCAGGCUGGCGAUGAUGGCGAUCAUCGGCAUGUUUUUCCAGGAUGGCCUCACGGGCUCCGCCUGGGGCGAUUGGGCCAACUACGCCGACUCGCCGCUCCGAGCCUCCAGGUGA